AUGAAUACAUGGAUAAGUUUUUUGAGGGGAUUCAAUGGUGUAGUGUAUUUCCCAGAGAGGGAGUGGGCCACCCACAACACUUUACAACUGUUCACGGACUGUGCAGGUGGAUCUAGUUUAGGUUGCGGGUGUUAUUUUCAGGCAGUGGGACUUGUUCAGGAACCUGGCACCUACAGCCGAUCACAACCCUCAGCUAAUCCCAGCUUCGUUCCAGAGGCUGCUUUGUCAAGUGAAAUAAGCCGCCUUUUACACUCAUCCUUGUCAGCAAACACCAACCAAGCAUAUAUGGUGGGUAUUCAGGCAUUCAACCAUUUCCGUAGCAUUCAGGGACUACCUAACACAUGGCCACCACCGGAUGCUCACAUCAAUACAUUUAUUGCACAUUUAUCCAUACACGGUUACAAGCAAUCCACAGCUAAAGCAUACAUUUCUGCCAUUAGUUUUUAUUGCAAACUCCACUGGAAUGCGGAUCCGACUAAGCAUUUUAUAGUGCAGAAAUUGUUGCAGGGUAUGAAGCGCACAAAUUCAAUAUCGGAUGCCCGUUUACCUAUCACAUUGGGCAUUUUGGAACUAAUCAUAAAUAAACUACAGGUGGUAUGCUCCAGCAUGUAUGAGACCCUUCUUUUUAAAGCAUCAUUCUCACUAGCUUUUAAUGCCUUGCUUAGGAUAGGGGAAUUUGCUUUGUCAAAGGGCAAUUCUGUGGAUCGGGUUUUACAUACUGGGGACUAUUUAACAAUUCACAUUAGAUAUUCGAAAACUGACCAAUUAGGUAGGGCACCACAUUGA